AUUUUAUAACCCUAUUUUAGAACAGUGCUAAAACGAAACGUCAAUCAACAAAACAAAAAUAAAACGGAACUGUCAAAACAACUGUCAGUCGUCAGCUGCGCUACUCGACGGACGUCGAAAACUUUAGCUGUGCAAUUUUGAUACACUUUCUGCUAGCAGUAAACUGUAGCCGCUAAUUUCCCACUUCCAGAAGGGCGCCAGUGGUGCGAAUUGCAACAAAAGAUGGUUCUGACGAACGAUGUUUAUCUGCCGAACGAUGAGGAGCUCACCGUUCCGGAGGUGAAUCUUUCGGGGCCUGCCCUGAGGGCUGGUGCUUUCCAUCUGGGCAAAGCCUGCGAGGCGGAAAACAAUGAAUUUAUGCUGUGCCGACAGGAGCUGGAUGACCCGCGUGCAUGCAUUGCCGAGGGCAAGGCUGUGACCAACUGUGCGCUGGAGUUCUUCCGCAAGGUUAAGAAGUCCUGCGCCCAGGAGUUUACCCAGUAUGCUAACUGUCUGGACAAGAGCAGCGGCGAUCUGAGAUUCGAAUACUGCCGCAAAACCCAAGGUGUGUACGAUAAGUGCGUGCUGGAUAAUUUGCACAUCGAACGACCGGACUAUGGAUACUUUACCCGGGCUAAGGUUCACGCCACGGAUCGCCCGGCACCGCCGAAACAGGAGAAAACCGUUUAUCCCGAUGCGAUUCCCAAGCUGCCCGAGGAUUAUCCGCGGCCAGAGGCUAAGUAUGGUUCUCGUUUCCACUGGCUGAACUAGAAGACGGUUUUGUUCGUGAAUGAAGCAGUGUUGUAGCAAUUCGAUGAUCGUUGAAAGUGCUGAGUGGAGAGCACUUCUUUGGAAUACAUUAACAUUAUGAACACGA